AAAUUUGCCAAAGAUCUAAAGAAAUGCUGUGAAGAUGGAAUUAGGCAGACCAGGCUGGAUUACACAUGUGAACAGAGAUCUACGUUUAUUAUGGAAGAUUCAGAGUGUGUCAAGGCCUUUCUGGAUUGCUGUACGGAGAUUCGGUCCCACAAGGAUAAGCAAAGACCUCUGGUGCGUCUGGCUAGAAGUGAUGAUGAUGAUGAUUAUGAUUAUGAUGAUGAUGACUUCAUAAGCUUUUUUACCCGGACGCAUUUCCCAGAGAGCUGGCUUUGGGAGGAUAUAAGCCUGCCAGCCUGCCCAGGAAACAAACCAUGUACCACAACAACUCUCACCAUGGACACAAACUAUCUACAAGACUCUAUUACAACAUGGCAAAUCCUAGCCAUCAGUCUGUCCAAGACCCACGGUAUCUGUGCGGCUGAUCCAUAUGAAAUAACAGUGGUAAAAGAUUUCUUUGUGGAUCUCAAGUUACCUUAUUCAGCAGUACACAAUGAACAAGUUGAAAUCAAAGCAAUUCUGUAUAACCUCUCCAAUAUGCUACAGAAGGUGCGUUUGGAAUUCUUUGAGACGGAGCAAAUUUGCAGUGUAGCCAACAAAAAGAAGAAAUACCGUUCUAUAGUUAACAUUGACCCCAAUUCCAGCAGAUCUGUCCCAUUUCUGAUAAUUCCCAUGAAAAUAGGAGACCACCAUAUAGAGGUGAAGGCUGCAAGCGGAUCAUAUCAUGAUGGAGUAAGGAAAACCCUGAAGGUAAUGCCUGAGGGGAUGCUAACUGAAAUCUUAGAAACCAAUUUGAAACUGAAUCCCUCUCAAUUUCCUGGUGGCAUCCAAACUGUACAGAUGAAGACUGAUAUUCCAAGUGGGCAGGUUCCAAACACUCCUGCACACUCUCAGAUCAUUGUGACGGGUCAGCAGGUGAGUCAGACAAUCGAGCAGGUCAUCAGUGGAGACUUCAUGGGGCGCCUGAUCAUAAAGCCUAUUGGAAGUGGGGAUCAAGUCAUGAUCUCUAUGACAUUGCCCUCUGCCACACACUACUUAGAUACCACUAAUCAGUGGGAAGCAGUCGGCCUACACAAACGUAAUGAAGCUAUCCAACACAUUAAAACAGGAUAUCUACAAGAGCUUAAAUUUCGUAAAGAUGAUGGUUCUUAUGCGUCAUUUCUAACGAGACCUAGCAGCACAUGGUUGACAGCAUACGUGGUCAAAGUCUUUGCUAUGGCAACUGACUAUAUAAGCAUAGAUAAAAAUGUCCUGUGCAGCGCCAUCAAAUGGUUGAUUCUGAAUGCACAGAUGCCAGAUGGCACAUUUAAAGAACGCUCCCCAGUGGUCCAUUCAGAGAUGGUUGGUGAUGUGCGAGGUAAGGAUUCUGAUGCAUCUCUGACAGCAUUUGUCUUGAUUGCUUUGCAAGAAGGAAACCAUCUCUGUGCCACGUAUGUUAGCAGUAUUUUAGAGUCUUCCAGCAAGGCCCUAAAUUAUUUGGAAAGAAGGCUCCUCUCCUUGAACAAUCCAUAUGCAAUUGCGAUGACUUCCUAUGCCUUGGCAAAAGCUGGCAAGUUCAACAAAAAUCAUCUGCUGCAGGCGUCCUCUGAAGAUGGUUCUUACUGGCAGGUUCCUGGAGGACAGUUCUUCUCUGUGGAAGCGACAGCAUAUGCCUUGCUGGCUCUGGUAAAAGCAAAGGAAUUUAAUGCAGCAGGAAAAGCUGUUAGAUGGCUCAAUAGGCAGAGUAUCAAUUAUGGAGGUCAUGGCACCACUCAGGCCACCAUCAUGGUGUUCCAAGCAGUGGCUGAAUACUAUAAGCAAGUAAGCCAUCGAAAGAAUGUAGACUUGAUGGUGGAAGUGAGGGUGAGUGAAAGACAUCGUCCCGUCAAAUGGAUUUUCAACAGCGAAAACUUACAACUUACAUAUACAUACAAGGUUCAGCUUCAGCAAGAGUUUAAUGUUACUGCUAAAGGAACUGGUGCUGGAGUUUUCAAAGUAAUGACAAUUUAUUAUGCUAGACCCAUAGAAAAGAAGAGCAACUGCAAAAAUUACACUGUUUCUUUGGAAAUGAAGAGAGAAGCAAAAACAUCGUACAGCAAUGCAGAAGAAAGCUACAUGUUUACCAUCAACGUCCUUUAUAACGACCCAAACGGAGAUGCCCCUAUGACUAUUUUGGACAUCGGCUUGCUGACUGGGUUUGUGGUGGAUAAAAGAGAUCUGACAGACUUGAGCAGUGAGAAUGAUAAAUACAUCCAGAAGUUUGAGAUGAACGAGGAGCUUUCUGAACGUGGCUCCCUCAUCAUUUAUUUAGAUAAGGUAUCACACACUGUUCCGGAUAGAAUUGCCUUCAGAAUGCACAAGAUUAACAAAGUAAAUAUGCUUCAACCUGCUGCUGUCAGUGUGUACGAGUACUACUCUCCAGAGGAACGCUGUGUGAAGUUCUACCAUCCAACAAAGAACGAAGGAGCCCUGAGUAUGUUGUGCAGUAACAGGGAGGGUCUGUGCGAGUGUGCUGAAGAAAACUGCAGUAUCCAAAAGAAACCAAAAAUUAAAAACAAUGACUGGGAGCUCGUCGAUUACGUUUAUAAAGCCAAAGUCGUGGAAAUGAAUCUGAACCCAAACACAGAUUUCUAUGAAAUGGAGAUUGAAGAGAUCCUGAGAGAAGGGAUCGACCAAGUUAAACCAGGAAACCGAACUUCCUUCAUGGGUCGUGCUGAUUGCAGAAGUGCUUUCAAUUUUGUGAAAGGAAAGAGCUACCUCCUCAUGGGGCAACGUUCUAACAUACUGAAGGAAGACAGCAGGCUGCUGUAUAUCCUGGGAGAGCAGACGUGGAUUGAAAACUGGCCCACAAGUCAAGAAGGGCAAAAUAGCCAUAUAUGAACAAAUAAAUAAAAUUAUAGUUUAUAAAUGUGAAGAUAUAAAUAAAAAAUAUAUAAACAUAUCUGUAGUUCUAUUGGUUGCUUGAGACAUAUAAAAUAAAGUAUAUGUACAAACAUGGAAAACA